AUGACACGCACUCACAAGCCUCCUGUUGCCAUCUUUGGUCCCACCGCCUCCGGUAAAACGAAGCUAGGAGUUGCUGUCUCCAAAGCAUUCCUUGGCGAAGUCAUCUCGGUUGAUAGCCUCCAGUGCUAUAAGCCAGGCAGCAUCAUUACAGCCAAGCCGGAACACGAUGAAAUUCAAGAUAUUCCACAUCAUCUUAUUGACUACCUUCAAGCUGAUGAAGAGCCAGAUGAUUGUAUAUCCUUGGCUAUCAACAAAAUGGAAGACAUCAUUAGCCGCAAUAGAAUUCCAGUUCUUGUUGGCGGGUCUACAUCGCUCACUAUCCCCCUACUGCAGCAAGCCUUGAAGCAUCAUUACAUAAUACUCGGAAUUAUGUUAGUACCGCAGCCUUCAAACUAUCAACAGCUCAUUGAGACCGGAGGCGACGCAAUGGUGAAGCAGGGCCUCUUAGCGGAGCUGAGGGAACUGAAGGCCCUAGAGAAGACACUGCUCCAGGGGGGGCGAGAUUUCAAUAGAGGUGUGUGGAAAGUAAUUGGCUACCCUGAGUUCUCCCCAUACCUUGACUACGACGGCGUAAGCGACAUAAAGAGGGAAGUCCUCUACCACCAGGGAGUCACGAUGAUGCGCGCCAGUACACUUCAGUACGGCUUCAACCAGCUGGAAUGGCUACGCCAUACCCUGACCCCCUUCCUCCACCAGCAGAAGGUUGCAACUAUCAGCCUCAAUUUCUUCCAUGGGACUCAUUCAGUCACACCUGUUCCAGGAAAAGCUUCCAACCCUCGUGUCGUUUGCUUGUUUGGCGGAUCAUCUAGUGGCAAUGACCCCAGCCAUGUGAAGGCAGCAAAGGACCUUUCUCUGGAACUCCACCGAAAGAACAUCACGCUCAUCUACGGUGGCGGUAUGACGGGUGUAAUGGGAGCCGCUGCCAGCACUCUUGUUGCGUUAUCCGGUCCGUCCUCAGUUCAUGGAAUUAGCCACAUGUCCAAGUUUGGAUCUCGUACGGUUGUGAGAGAUAUGCAUACCAGAAAGAGGCUUAUGAUUGAGGCCGUGCUUAAUGGAGGGCCAGGAAGUGGCUUUGUUGCCUUGAGCGGCGGGUACGGUACUAUGGAAGAGUUGCCUGAGGUAGCAACCUGGUAUCAACUCUGUAUUCAUAACUGUAACGUUUGUGUUCUGAACGUCGAUGGAUUCUAUGACGGGUUGUUGGACUGGGUUUCCAAGGUUUCGGAAAAGGGGUUCAUCGGGGCAAAGGACCGUACCAUCAUCCAGGUUGCUUCCUUGACUGAAGGACUUGUCAGAUGCCUAGAAGGCAAGACUCAGCAUUCGGAACAAAGAAGAAUUGAAUGGAUCUGA